AUGCCUAAACUAUUUAAAUACAAAAAAGUUGGAAAUAGCCUUAUAGUAAAUAGUACAGAUUCUCUUGAGUCACUUGAACAACUAAGAUCAGAGCACACUAAUCUUAGCAAUACUAUCUCCGACUUAGAGAUGAAAAGAUAGUUAAUAGAGGAUAAAUUGAGAGAAUUAUCAAUCAAACUAAAUUCCUUUUACUCAUAUAGCGAUUAACCAAGUAUUCCUAUGUUAAUCUAUAAAUUACCUUUUGAUCCAAAUUAAGAUUAAAUAACAUAAAAUGAAGUUGUAUACAUUCAAACUAAUGACUAUUAAGAAUUCAUUCCUGAGUUUUAAGAAAAUGGCACUAAAACCAGGAAAGAAUUGUUUAAUUAUUUCAAUUAUAAAUCUGAUGUUGAAGAUCUAUUUAAUGAUCUUGAUAAUACAAGCAAAAUUUAAAAACUUGCAGAGGAGUUUGGAAUUAAAUCAAAUAAUAUCAAUAAAAUGAAAUAAUAGAUUAAGAUUAUCUAUAAUUAUUUGCUAAACUAAUCGUUUCCAUCUUCAUGGAAUAAUAUUUAUAAUACAGAACUAUUCAAUAAAUUAGAAAUUUGA